AUGCGCGAGUCUUCAUAUUUCAUUCAUUCCCCUCCCUGCCGCCUCGAGUUGCCGAGGGCUUGCCUGCACUCCAACAUCGAGAAUCCUGAUGCCAAGUCCGUGACCUUCGCCCUGUUCGUGUCCUUCCUGUGCUGCCUGGCCUUGGGCGUCUUGAUCUUCGGCUGGGAGGUCUUCCGCUCCUCAGUGGUCCGCUCCCUAGACGGCAAGAGGAAGGAGGCUUCAAGUCGGAGCACCUUCGGCCGCUUCUUCUUCAAAUACUUUUCAGGAAGGGACUCUGAGCAGCGGGCUUCAGAGGUCGCGAAUGACAGUGCGAGUGCACCGCCGGAGCAAAGCUCCACUGAGCCCUACCCGCAGCUGCCAGUGCUAGAGCAGUUUUUGCAGCGUGCGGCUGAACAUCCGGAUUCCUGCGCCAUGCGCACUCCGACCGGCGAAGUUCGCUUCGACGAGCUGCGGGGAUGUGCUGCAGGCUGCGCUCGGAUCCUGCUGCCGCUUCUGAGCCAAGCAGAGACGUCCGUGGCCGUGGUGGCUUUGUACUUGCAGAGCGGGCCAAAGCUUGUCGCCGCCAUUUUGGGGACCUGGCUGGCAAAGGGCGCUUGGGUGCCCUUGGACCGUAAGGCACCGGAAAAGCGACUGCGAGAGUUGCUGGGGCAGAUUGAGCCAGCAGCACUGAUUUGUGAUGACGACACGCCUUUCACCGACUUGUCCACGCCCUUGCUGCACGCGAGGCAGCUUAUCUGGGACAGCGACUGCACGAUGCCCGAGGUGUCGUCUCAGGAGUCCAUGGACAGGGUGGCGCAGGUCAUCUACACUUCUGGCUCCACCGGUGCUCCCAAAGGUGUGAUCUUCACGCACGCACGCCUAGCGCACUCGACCCACUUCUUUGCCGAGCAGUGUGGCAUUGAUCAAACAACUCGUGUGCUGCAGAAGACAUCAAAUAUUUGGUCGGUGUUCCGCCACGAGGUGUACCCGGCCCUUUGUCGAGGCGGCACGAUCGUUUUUGGCCUGCCGAAGAAGUCUGGUGACCCCAUGCAUCUGGCGGAGGUCAUAGAUGCCUCGAGCGUGACCUUACUCGUCGCCACGCCUUCCGUGCUGCAGCUGCUGCUGGACGCGGGCGAGCUGUCGACCUUGCGGCAAGUUGUAUGCAUGGGCGAGCCGCUCUCCUGGCAUUUGGCCGACCAGGUCCUCGAGAAGCUUCCAAAGGUGAAUCUCGCGAACUUCUAUGGAUCGACGGAGACGGAAAACACGACAUUCUCUGUUGCUCGCACUAGCAUGGAGAUCUGGCGUCAGAACCGCGCCGUCCCUGCAGGCGUGCCCCAGCCGCAUGUGGCCGUGCACUUGCUAAGGCCCGGGUCUUUGGAGUCAGCUCAAGGCAAGGGCGAAAUUUGCUUCAGUGGGGUAAUGGCCACGGGAUAUUGGCAGCGGCCAGAUCUUACGACAGCUGCUUUUAUCGACCACCCUGAAUUGGGGAAGCUGUAUCGCACCGGCGAUUUGGGCUCUUGGAAUCACCAGCAGCUGGUCGUCCACGGGCGACUUGAUCGCCAGGUGAAGGUUCGGGGCUGCCGCGUGGAGCUUGGAGAGGUAGAGGCUGCUUUGGGGCCCUUGGUCUCGGAGGUCGCGGCGACUGUAGCGGAGGCUGCACAGCAGCAUUUGCAGAUUGUGGCCUUCGUCUCCCCAUCUGAUUUAGAUUUGGAUGGACUGAAGAAAGACAUGGAGCAGCGCGUUCCCUCACAUGCAGUGCCGAGUCAUUUUGUGGCUUUGCCACACCUGCCACGGCUAGCUAACGGCAAGGUGGAUCUGAAGAACUUGGAGGCACUGGCUGCAAAACACCUCGCCAAGGAGGAGCAGGAGACGCAUGCCAUCCUCGACUCCCUCGGUGUACUACAGCAUCUUACCAAGACGCAGCUUGAAGAAGAGAGGUGGUUGCACAACCAGCAGGCCUUCUGGCUCCUAUUGGUGAUGAUGAUGCACAUGAACUUCGUUCACGGGGCGGCGGUCGACCCCAAGACGCACCUCGACUCAGGUGACCUUGCCGAAGAUGUGAUUCUCGGUGCCUGCCAUGCUCGUGACAUGAUCGCCUUUACGCUCCUCCUCGGCUUCGCCGAUGCUCGGCGCGAGCCAACACUGGGCGCUCGUGAUGCCGUGGCCUUGGCUGCGGCGCUGGUGAGCACUUUGAUCGUGAAUCCUUACGUAUAUGGCGCCGUCUUCCUUCUAACCGAGUGGUUCCUCUACGUCUAUGUGUGGGCACGUCUGCUGCUGGUCGUCCUCAGCAAGAUUCACGUGGGCCUCUGGCAAGCAGUGCUGGUCCUGUGCGCCGCAUGCCUGCUGCCAGAUGAUUUGAUUUGGUUGCAAAUUCCGCUCACAUGGCGUGGAUGGCUCGUUGAGAAGGUCACGAUGUUUCGAUGGAAAACCCUGCAUUUUGAUCUCUUCUUCAUGCCCGGCUGCUACCUCCUGGCCUGGCACGCUACAACCGCCGGGUUUCUGGCUUGGUGUCGGAAGACUGGGUCUCGGCUGAUGAGCGGAGGCCGGGAUGUUUUGGCGCGGUGCAUGGAUGCGGACAUUGCCGAGCGCAGUCUGCAGAUAAGCAUCUGCCUGACAUCCUGGGCCUUCUUUUUCGGGCUCUCAUACGUUCCAAGAGAAUACGGUUAUCCACACUACAAGGCGAUCUACAUUGAGGGGCGUGAGAAGGGGAGCCACGUAGUCACCUGGCAGUACAUGACGCACCCCUCUUUGACCUCCUACGUGAUGCUUUGGCUCGGAGAGUUCUUGCUUCUCACGCUGCCGGCCCUUGCCGUGGGGCUGGGAAUGGCAUUUGUGCCCUGGCACUUGAAGACGAUGGGGAGUACCUGCUUCGGCAGCUACAUCAGCCACUGCACGUUAUGCUUUCAGGGCUGGUUCCGCUUCUACUUCGACAAGAGGCUGCUCGGUCGGAUCACCGACAAAGCUUUCGAUCCCAGGCUCAAUGCUGCAAUUGUGCUCUUCUGGAACGUCCUCUUCUGCGUGGUCUAUGCUCAUACUAUCGGAGCGGGCUUCCACCACCUGAUGGACGCGGUGCAGAUUUUCGCUGAGGCGGUCCCCGUGCAAAUCAAGCCCCACGAUCAUCCUGGUCGAGACGAGUAUGUUGCCCAUUUGACCGUCUGUCUGCGGCCAGACAACCCGGCCCAUCCCCGCAACUUGCUGCUCGAGCUGACCGACGAGAAUGACCUCUUGUUCUACCACAGUCUGGUGCUUGGAGAAGGUGAUUACGGUGCCCUGAGAACCGACCAGCGCCUUCUCGUCGAUUUCCAGUCCUUUCCGGAGCAGAUAGCAGUCUUCCUGCGGAGAUGCUGCGGGAACGAGGUCCAGGGGCUGUCGUCAAGCAGUGGCCUCAAUUGUCCAUCGAAGCUGUCCGAUGAUUACAGCCUGACAGAGACGGUCUUGGGUACCGGCUUCGGCGGCUCCGUUUUCUUGGCCACCAGCCGACGCCCGGACCGGCAGGGUCGGACCAGCCGCUUCGCUGUGAAGAGUAUCAAGUUACACCACAAGGCCUCCAGGAGAACUCUGGCAGCCGAAGUGGAGGUUUUUCUGUCAGUCGACCAUCCACAUGUUUGCAGAUUGCUCGACGUCUACGAGAGCGAGAAAAGCCUCGACCUGGUCAUGGAAUGCUUGGAAGGUGGCGAGCUUUACCAGCGGGUGAACGCCGGGAAGUUCGCGGAAAAGGAUGCAGCAGAUGCAGCAUACCAGAUGCUGCUGGCCAUACGAUAUCUGCACAACCUGGGCAUUGUUCACCGGGACAUCAAGCUUGAAAACUUCCUGUACACGGAGGUCGGAAGCAACCACCUCAAGCUGAUUGACUUCGGUUUCAGCAAGGCCUGGGAUCCUGAGCAGAAGAAAAUGAAAUUGAGCUGUGGGACCAUUUGCUACGUUGCGCCCGAGGUCAUCUUGCAGAGCUACACGAACAUGUGUGACAUGUGGAGCCUCGGAGUGGUGGUGUUCCUACUGCUUGUGGGCUACAUGCCCUUCCCCGUGCUUCCGGACAUCGAGGAGACCGAGCUGAACAUUCUGAACGGUCGGUUCAAAUACGAUGCCAGAAAAUGGAACGGUGUUUCCAAGUCAUCUUUCGACUUUGUCUCCAAAUUGUUGCAAAGAGAUCCAGACCAACGAAUGACUGCGGAGCAGGCGCUAGCCCACCCGUGGAUCGCCGAGCGGGAGCAUUUCGCUUCCGGCACAGAAUCGGCUGGACUGGAUGCCUCGGUUGUUCACUCCCUCGCAGAGUAUUCCAGAGCCUCGAAAUUCCGACGAACGUGCAUGCAGGUGAUGGCUUGGUCCCUGAACAAUGCAGAAAUGGCAGAAGUCCGUGAGGCCUUCAUGGAGUUGGACGUGCAGAAAACUGGUGCCAUCCAACUACACCAGCUGAAGUCAGUCUUGGAAGAGAGGUUCAACAUCUGUGACGAGGAGACCAGGAAGAUCUUCGAGGCUCUGGACUCUUCCAACAACGAGGAAGUUGGUUACUCCGAGUUCCUCGCUGCCAUGAUGUCGUCGCGCAUUCAAGUUCAUGAAGACUUGGUUCGGGCCGCAUUCCAGCGUUACGAUGAAGAUGAUUCGGGCUACAUCAGCGUGGAGAACCUGAGGCAGGUCUUGACGGAGAGUCUCGACAGCCCGGAAACGGCGGAAGAAAUGCUGAGCGGAGUGUCAGUCUUUGCUGGGGCGGAGCAGCGCGUAUCGUUCGAUGCAUUCAUUGAAUACUUGACAGGUGGCGAGGCCGAUGAGUCCCACAAGCGGGCAGUAGGCUUUGUCAUAGACAAACAAAUGUCCAGAAUGAGUUCAUCGGAACUAAUGCGGAUGGCUCCAACGCUGCGCCAUUGCCCGCUCACUCCGAAGGGCCUCAACAGGGCCAAGAGCACGCCCUUCAUGAUGGUCGAGGACUCCUCAGACGAUGAGGCAAAGAAGGAGAUCCCCAUGUCCCCGUUCUUGACCACACCCAAUCCGGUGAAGCAGACCAAGGUCCCCUCCCUGGUGGACACGACAGAGGCGGCCACCAAUGCAAAGCAGUUGGAGGAGGCCCCAAUUUGGUGCCUGAUGUGCCUGUCUGCCCUCCUGUCGCAGGUGCCGGAAAGCCCCCCGCCUACGGUCCCGACACCUGCAGUGAAGGGCGCGCACCUAGAAGAGGGUUCACAGCUGAGCAUUCUUGAGCUCUCUGAUCGUGGGUCAAAGACGCUUGCAUGCCUGUCUCGGAUGCGGAAGCAUGCCGCCGACAUGCAGGGCUACUUCAGCAUCGUCGAAUCCAACCACUUCCGUGAGCUGACUCACAUUGCGCUUAAGCUUCGACAAGGUUCAGACGAGGUGGUGAAGAAACACCUCGCUCACAAGCUGCGUGCUGCUCGCGCGGAGGCUGCGAGCCUGAGCCAGCGCCUUGCCACUAGCAGCGAGGCAUUGACACAGAACCAGGCGAAGGUGAACGAGCUGACGGCCCGUGCGCGGGUCGUCGCCGACGAGCGAGCGCACCUGGAAGAGUCCUUGCAGGUUACUCAUCAGCGGGAGCUGCGGGAACUCAAGGAUGAGCAUGCCCGGGCUCUGACUGAGCUACAGCGUUCUUCCACGGCGGAGCGGGCUCGCAUGGAAUCCGAGCACAAGCAGGCAUUGCGAGCUGCUUUGGACCGUGCACAAAGUGCCGAGGGCUCCGUCGAGGAACUGAAACGAACGCGGCAAUCGCUGACAGUGACGGGGGAAAGUUGUCGCGAACGUCUGGAGGUGGCUGAGCGUCAGCUCAUGGAGGCCUCAAAAGAGACUAGCGAGCUUCGAAUGCAGCUGAAAGAGCUGGAAGAGCUGAAGUUUCGACACGAGCGAGACCUCAACGGCCUCCAGGUGCAGCUGGCCUCGGUCAAAGAACAACUGGUCGUGCGCGAGCAGCACACGGCCAGCCAGGCAGCUCAGAUCGAAGAGGCUGUCAGGGAGCGCCGGGGCCCCUCAGAGUCUCAGCGGGUGUGCGGCGUGGGUAGGACGCUCGAGGAAAGUCUGGCCACCGCCAAGAAGCAGGCGGUUGUUGUGUGCAGACUUUGGCAGGGAACCGGGUGCUUGAAGAUGGCAGCAUCAGGUGACUUGUCGGCUGCAAUGGCGCAUUCCAUGCAGCUGCAGGCGAUCGAGGGCCGUUUGCAGAAGGCUCUUGAGCGUGUGCGAUUAGUCCUGAGCACCGAGAAAACGCCGCAGCUGGCAGCGAAUGUGCACCACCAGUACAAUGACAAGUACUUUCUGGUGGAAAGGAGCACAUGCAUAGCCGCAGCCUCGCAGCUGAACUGCCUAGCAGCUCUUGGACUCACAGCGGACCAGCUGCGUGGGCUUCGAGCUUGGCUGCCGGCACAGGUCUCGCUGCGCUUCAGGUCACAGGAGAAGUGCACCUUUCUGCGUGAAGAGAAGCGCGAGGAGGAAGAUCCAAGAAAGCGCGUAGAGGAGGUCUCCGUGGGCGGCGUCGCACGGGCCAGCUGGUCCAGCAAGGUCGUGACUACCAUCACGGAGUAUUUCUGGAAGUUCGAAACCAGCUACACCCUGGAAGCUUUCCGCGGCGUUGGAGCAGAAGAUGCCGACAGGCUCCUGCUGCUGUCCAGGAACGGGCAGGUGGAGCUGAAGACCAGCGCCAAAUCGCCUCCGCCGCAUCCAGAAGCGCGCGUGCCUGCCGUCAAUCAGGAGGUGAACAUCACCUGGCUCCUGCAGCUUCUGUCGCAGGAAGGCACGUCCCCGCUCUUCAAGAUUGAUCGGGCUGCUACCGGAUGCAGCACCCCGCGGCGGAACCAAGAUGUGGACAAAGCCUUCGCGCACUUCACAAUGUUCACUCAAUGGGCUAAUGGCGUUUCAGACUACCUGCAACAUCUCAGUGCCGUCGAUCCCAGGACCGUUCCGCAGCUGCCAUUGGACGGCCUUUUCGCACCCAUCCUGCCGUUGAUGGUGAGCGGUCAGACCUCCAGUUCAAGCCCUGCAGAGCCAGCCGGCACGUUAGCCACACUGAAUCUGGCCAGUGAUGUUCCAGACAGCCUAGUCCUCUCGGUGUCAGAUGGAAAUCGCCUUCUCAGCGAGGAGAUGCGAACCCUCAAAGAGCAGCAAGGGAACAUCUGCGAAAGUCUUCCGGGCAAUGAUGGCAUCUACACACACAUGGAGUGUGGUUUGCACUUGAUCCUGCGGCAUUGCGAGAAUGUCGCGAAGCGAUGGAGUGAAUUGGUGGAGUAUGUGGAAGGCAUGCUCCGGAAACAGCUCAUAGAUGCGAUUGGCAAGGAGGUUACGCCGGCCCUCUUUGCUGCGUACAUGCGGUUCCACUACCGCAAGCUGUUCCGACAGGCGUUUCAACCUCGCCAGUUCUGCUUCGCUGUGCGGCGGUCAGAGCGACACAGUCCGGAAGCAACGGUAAGCAUCGAAGAGGAUGCAGUGGGGCUGGAUGAGUCCAGCAUUCGGAGCCCGAUCGUGACCAUUGCCAACUGCGCCAGUGCGCCUUGCACAAUGAGCUUCCCGCUGAAUGCAUCGACGGAGGUCUCUUUCACUGGCGACGUCUAUCUGCAUGGAUGGCUGUCUCACCGAUUCUCAGGCGCCUCUGGUGCGGCACUCUACCUCACCUCCCGAGCUCGACAAUUCAGCUCCAUGCUGGUACUGGUUGGCCGGGUCGCAUCCGCGACUUCCUUCGACCCCAAGUUUGCGGCCAUCCUCCAGAACAAGGAUGAGCUGACAAUUCCGCUGGAGCUAUCAAUGAUCCCGACACCAAAGGAGUUCAAGGAUGCCAUUGCCUCCCUAUCCCCGCAGCAGCAGGCCUUCGCCAAGGCCUUCCGGUCGAUGCAGUUGGAAAGCACGCUCUUCGGCGUACUGGUUGUCCAAAUCAAGCCUCAGCUCGAGAAGCUCCUGAACUUGCCGGACGACAGCCUGACCAAGGAGAUCAAGCUCACCCAAGAUCUCAUGGAUCUGUUCAUCAAGUACCAGAUUCCCAGCGACCUGUUGUCCUUCAGCGACGAGACGGGUGAUGCGGAGGUGGCACCUGCCCAGCGGUUGGAAAUGGUCAAGGGCCACGUAAAGGCCAUGCACGACAUGAUCCAGCAGGAGAAGGAAGCAGAGCUGUUGGCGGCACGCCAAGAAAUGGAAUAUGGUUCGCCGCAGCUGCGAAGCCGGAGAUGGGCUGACUCAGACUGCAGUGACGAAAGCAUGGGCUGCCUGGAACGGGAAAUGUCGGUACCGCGGUCCGAGUGCGAAGAGUGCGAUGAAGACUUUGGUUCAAUGGAUGGCGACUGUGCCCUGCCGAUGGCCGAAGCUCGGUCCGCACCUGUCGUGCACAAGAGGAUGAAGGUGGAGAGGAAGGUGAGUGAGUGUGUGAGCGUGGACAAGGAGCGAGAUCGAGAUCGAGACGGCCGGGACGGGGCGUCAGCUGCAGCCUCCUCAUCCGGCCGUUCGGGCCAACCUGCCCAGCAGGGGCAGUCGUCUCAGGCCUCAGCCUCUGGACAGCCUGGCGGAUCUGGUGGCGGCCUGCCUUACGUACGGGACUACACGAAGGUGCCCAAGCAGAUGGAUGCCCAGUUCGAGACUUUGGCUCCGGACAGUGCUCUGCGUCCGACCAUUAUAAACCCUGGAGUUUGCUGGACAAAGCGAUCGCAGAAAGCAUUGCUGGCACAGCCGGUGACAUCAACUCUCUUCUUCGAUGAUCAGAAGGCAGAGAAGGAUGCGGCCUUUGACCUGCUGGAUGCCAUCACGAAAUCCGGUGCUUUACCUCUCAGCCAUGCAGCGCUCCACAUUGUGAUAGCUGCGACGCACUGCUUCGACAAGACAGUCACGGAGACAGUAGUGCAAGACAACGUGAACCCCAUCGACAAGGUCGAGCGCUCUACCUUGAUAGUUGCAUCAACCGUGCACCAGCAGCCUGUCGCAGCUCUCAUCGAUGAGGCCAGACGAGUCUGCGUGAAGCUUUCGAAGCAGAUACUUUCUGUGGCUACUUUGGUGUUGGGCCUUGCAGCUAAAGACGUCGCCAAUAGCCGGGACGCAUCGGAAGCGCGUGGCGGAGACGGCGAGAGCUGUGUUUGCCAAGUUCCGCACAACUUGGAGUCUGUAGAGUUGCCCGUCCCGGACUUGGCUCAAGCGCUGGAGGAGAAGUUCAAUCAAACGGCGCAGGAGAUUACCAAAGGCAACCAGAUCAUUCAGAGCUUGCACCAGGCAUCUAAGGAGGCGAAGGCCAAGCUGCGUCUCAAAGCCUCCGAGCUGAUGCAGCAUGAGAAGACCAGACUAGAACUGGAGAAGGCCGAGGAGCUCAAGAAGCGUGACCUGGAGGAAAAGGGCAACGAAGUGAUGCGGGGUAAGGCUCGCGAGGAGAAGCUGCAGCGGGACAUCGAGGACCUCAAGCGAGAGCGGGCCAUGUCCUCGCUUCACACCCGUCGACCAUGCACCACGCAAGUCUUGUGUGUUGCCCAGGUCGAAGCUCAGGAUAUCAUAAGAUCCAACAAGGAGGUGCUUGUAGAGUGA